AUGUCAAUAAAGUCGGAUGGUAACACAUUUUCCUUGCUUAAUAAAACCGGUGUAUCAAAUGACUUCUCGCCUUCGCUAACAGCAACCACCGCUUAUUCUGCUAAAGAACUUUUCAACAUAGACAUAGAUAACAAUAGCAAUCGAAGGGAAAGUGUUGAUACUGACCACGGAGGAAAUUCAGAAGUUCUUGCUCGUCGACUCAGAAGCCAAUUCGAGAGUAUUUCCGCGUUGGUAAAAGAUGUUCACGAAAAAUUAAAUAAAGAUCCAUUAGAAAUUAAAAGCGUGCAAGACACGUUAGACGAAAUAUCCCGCAAUGUUGAAAAAUUCAUAAACAUACAAAAAUUAACAAGAAAUUUAGAGUUUGCUGACGAUAUGGAUGAAAUAGGGAAAUGA